UCAGGUAAAUAGCUGCAAGUUGGCAGGAAGAGCUAGAGAGCAGAGAUACAUGAUGAUAUCAACGCGGCAGUGAUCCUUUUCGUCUGGCAAACGGAAGGCCUUUUUAACUAAUCGAUUCCUUGAUAUUAAUAGACAUGGUCUGGUGGGAUUGUACAAGUAUUGUUCUGCCUGAUUUUAAAAGGGGUCGUUGUGUCGGGUCUGUCCUUUAAGGCGCAUUGCAGCUUUGCUCAAGGACUCUAGUGAUCAUCUGCAGCAUCCGGAGGAGUCCAUAUCCUGCUGGCUGUUUGACCAGAGAUCAAGAGACAUGGAGAAUCUGAGCCACAUCUCUCCUUAUCUAAACUUCUGAGCUGAGUUUGAGGCAGGAGGACCAUGCUCUGCUCAGAGCGUGGCGUGGUGGAGGAAUGGCUCUCAGAGUUCAAGACAUUACCUGAGGAUCAAAUCCGCAGCUAUUCUGGCAGCCUGCGUCUGAAGAAAGCUCUUGUACCUGCUCUCUAUGCUGUUAUUCAGGAGCAGCCCAUCAGUGAGCUGUUGGCUCCGGUGUGUCAUCAGUUGUUUGAGUUGUACCGGAGCUCAGAGGAGGGUUUGCGUCGGUUUACUCUGCAGUUCCUGCCUGAGCUCAUCUGGGUGUACUUGCGGCUUUCUGCCAGCAGAGAGCGCUACCGGAACGGCUGCGUGGAAGCCCUGCUACUGGGGAUCUAUAACCUGGAAAUUGUGGACAGUAAAGGAAAUGGAAAGCUGCUGUCAUUCACCAUACCAUCUCUCUCCAAGCCUUCAAUAUACCAUGAGCCAUCCAGUCUGGGGUCCAUGGCGUUAACCGAGGGAGCCCUGAACCAGCACGACCUCAUCCGGGUGGUGUACAGCGGUCUGCUGUCCCAGAGAGAGACAUUUACCUCACAAAACAGGUUUGAGGUGCUGUCUUUUCUGAUGCUCUGCUACAACUCAGCUGUGGUCUUUAUGCCUGCGUCCUCCCACCAAUCGGUUUGCAGAAUGAGCACACGACUGUGUGUGAGCGGUUACCCGCGGCAGCAGCAGAAGUCGUGGAAGGAGCCGUGUAACCGUGUACGACUGGAGCCAGAGUUUAUGGUGCAGAUGCUGACUGCUGUUUACCACGCCAUUUAUAAUGGGCAGUGGGAUCUGGGGAGGGAAGCUUUGGAUGACAUCCUCUACCGAGCACAGCUAGACCUCCAUGCCCAGCCAUUACUGGUGGCAAAUGCAAUUAGACGCUCACUUCCGUCCCGUCCUCCGGAGGGUUCGCGGAACCUUUUGGAGGUGGAAGUAACGCCUGCCGGGAGAUGCAUCUCACAGGCAGCUGUCACUGCCGCCUCCAUUCGUCGCCUCCGCUGGAAACGAGAGGAUUGUUUUGAUUUCUCAACCACGACUGAAUUCUACGCCUCCAUGACCCCCAGCCGAUACACCCCCCUGGAGAGACCAGACAGUCCUGUGGCACGUGGGCGGAUAAAGUGCACCAUUCACCUAACCUUGCAAGGGGAUGCCGAUGGUGUGAGCUGUGGAGAGGACUCUUUUGACCCAGAUGAAGGGUUUUCCUCUGGGGCUUCCAGCAGCAGCCAGCCCAGCAGCGUGAAACGAGACUGGGUCAUAACGGGCGUUCGACCUUUCCGAGAUCCUGGGGCCAGACAGAGGGAGAGCACUUCGGCCGACACCAGAGCUGCUCUGCGAAGCCUCCACCAACGGCACCAGUCCCCUCCUCCUGCCAUCAGUCUCCGUACUGCAGAAAGCAGUCGCAGCCCGAGUCCCAGUGCUCCCAGACGCUUUCUGGACCCACAUUACAUCCCUCCCUUCACUGAUGCGCCGCCUAAAACAAGCAGCACAUCUUCUAGCAAGUCUCUUGACUGUACUGGCCUAAACGGCUCAUCCGGACCUACAGAUAGUCUUUCGCUGGGAAGCCUCAGUGCAGACAGAGCACAUUAUCUGUCAGCCAUCAGCUUGCAGGAUGAACGACUAGGGCGAGCGACGCGGAGCCAGGAUCUCCUGUCCCCCGGGAGUCCGUUCUCCUCUGGAAGCCCACUGUCCAAACAGUCUCGAUCACCCAGUUUUAAUAUGCAGAUUAUAUCACAGGUGUAGAGUGAUUUUGCUGGGCUGUUUGUGUGUGUGUGUGUGUGUGUGCAUGAGGAUAUGGAAGUUUAUUUCUGCCGUGGGAUCAAAUAAAUAAAUAAAGGUAAUAAAGACUUUUUAUCGCAUAAUUCUGACCUCGUUUCAAAAUUCUGAUGCAAUAUCUGACAAUUCAUAUUUUUAUCACAUAGUUUUGUUUUUAUAUCUCAAUUCCAAAUGUUUUUCUGUAUAUAAACUCAAAUAUAAGAGAUAUAAAUUCACAGCGAAAUUUGUGUGGAUAACUAGCAAGAUAUCUUGUGAGAUAUAAACUUGUAAAUGAGGUCAGAAUUGAGAGAUAAAGUCAUAAUGAACUUUUAUUUUUAUGUCACGAUGUAAAAAACUAAAUUGCAAGAGGUAAAUUCAGAAUUCUGACAAAAAAAGUCAUAAUUAUGAAUUGUGAACUCUAUUUACUAGAUUUUCAAGAUUCUGCGCCAAAAAAAAAAAAGAUUUGCGAGAAAUUCAGAAAUGAGAGAUAUAAGCUUGCAAUUCCAAGGAAGUCUCCAUUAUCAUUUUUUUUUAUUUUGUGUAUAAGAAAAAAAGAAUUGCAAGAUGUAAACUCAUAAUUACAAGAAAAAUAAAAUCAGAAUUGUGUGAUAUAUAAAUUUGCAAAUGCAAAAAAAAAAAAAAAAGAUUUUUGAAUUAAAAAGUCAAAAUUUCUAUAUUUAUUUACUUUUGUGAUGGAGAAGCUUCCAUUUGAGUGAGUGAGUGAGAGAGAGAGAGAGAGAGAGAGAGAGAAGCAGAAAUGUUAACAUGCAUGCAUACAAGCAUGUUGUCUUACGGUGCGGUGCGCGUGUGUGAAUGUGUUCGAAUGAGGGUGCACUUGUACACUUUUAUUUGAUCACUACAUUAUGCACUUGGGUUCAGUUUGGAGGAAAUAUUUGUUUUGCACAAGGGACACAUUCAAGUGCACAUGAUUUGAGACUGUUUUAAAUGUGCCAUACAAACAUACAAUAACAACACGGUGUAACUUAAGAGGAACAAACAUUACCGUAUCAGAGCAAUGAACUUCAACAACCGACAAUCACGGUCAAUGCAUAGAGAAAGGCCUGAUGGUGCAUGAUCCAAAGAGUUUUAUCCAGCCCAGCUGUACUGUAGGUCAUCCUCAAGGAAUCCUCUUCCACGUCUCUGUUUCGGUUUGUGCUGAUUGAGUCUGCUUAACAGUUGCCUGUGCUCUUCACCCACCAUAGAAAAUAAAUUGUGUGGACUGCCUCAAUAAAACGCUAUGUCGUGAAUAAAUAAAAAAAGUUUAUGUUGUACUUUGGAACGAGUUUAUAUUUUAAAUUGUGUAUAUUUGUGUAAAUGAUUAUUGUACUAUAGAAAGAGUAUAUGCAAACAGAAUCUAUACUGCUUGGACAGAGAUAGAAAGCUAUCUGCUGAAUGGUGAAUAAAUGUGCUGUUCAUGGGA